GCUGCUACUCCCUGGUGAACGCCUUCCAGUGGAUCCAGUACAGCAUCCUCAGCAACGUCUUCGCCGGCUUCUACGGCGUCUCCUUCACGCAGAUAGACUGGCUCUCCAUGGUCUACAUGGUGGCCUACGUGCCGCUCAUCCUGCCCGCCACCUGGCUGCUGGACGCCCGGGGCCUGCGGCUCACCGCCCUGCUGGGAGCCGGCCUCAACGGCCUGGGCGCCUGGCUGAAGUGUGCCAGCCUGGCCCCCGACCGCUACCCCGUCACCUUGGCCGCCCAGGCCGUCUGCGCCGUGGCCCAGGUCUUCAUCUUGGGGCUGCCCUCCCGUAUUGCCUCCGUCUGGUUCGGCCCCACUGAGGUCUCCACCGCCUGCGCCGUGGCCGUGCUGGGCAACCAGCUUGGCACUGCAAUUGGGUUUUUGUUGCCACCUGUUUUGGUUCCAAAUACGCCUAAUGAUCUCGAUCUAAUGGCACAUAACAUCAGCAUCAUGUUCUAUGGAACAGCGAUAGUGUCCACGCUUUUGUUCUUCUUAACAGGAGUUGUGUUUGAAGAAAAGCCGAAAUACCCUCCUAGUCACUCUCAAGCAGUCCUGCAAACUAUGCCUCCCGAGGAUUAUUCCUACAAGCAGUCCAUUAUAAAUUUGUUCAGAAACAUUCCAUUUGUACUUUUGCUGAUCAGUUAUGGUAUUAUGACUGGGGCAUUUUAUUCUGUCUCCACAUUAUUAAACCAGAUGAUAGUAACUCAUUAUGAGGGAGAAGAAGUGAACGCUGGGAGAAUUGGCUUGACACUGGUGGUGGCAGGAAUGGUGGGUUCGAUUAUUUGUGGUUUGUGGCUGGAUUACACUAAAACAUACAAGCAAACUACUUUGAUUGUUUACAUUCUCUCUUUCAUUGGGUUGCUGGUAUUUACUUUCACCCUGGACCUCGGAUACCUUAUAGUAGUGUUCGUGACUGGAGGAGUACUUGGGUUCUUCAUGACUGGCUAUCUGCCACUUGGGUUUGAAUUUGCUGUGGAAAUUACAUACCCAGAGUCUGAAGGCACUUCCUCGGGUCUCCUUAAUGCAUCAGCACAGAUAUUUGGAAUUGUCUUUACACUUGUUCAAGGAAAACUUACAACAGACUAUGGUCCUCGUGCAGGAAACCUCUUUCUUUGUGCUUGGAUUUUUGUGGGCAUUAUCUUAACAGCCUUAAUAAAAUCAGAUUUGCGAAGACACAAUGUGAAUUCAGGGAUUAUGAAUUUGGAUGUUAAAGCUGUACCAGUUGACAGUCCUGUAGAACCUGAAAGUACUACAUUAAAAAUUCAGUCAGCUUUAUGAAGCUGAAAGAAGAAUUGUCUUCAGUGGGAGCACAAUAGGAUCCUUGUGAACACUCUGCAAAGGUUCUGUCACUUGCUCUCAAGUGUUUAGCCCAGCACAUCAGCUGUGAGCCAGAUGCUCAGUCUUUCUUGAAACAAAACACCAGAAACCUCAUCAGGCUGUUGUUUCAAAGCAGCUGUUAGCUUCAGGACCUCAGCUAACUUCUGCCUGCCGAGCCCACAGCUGGCCUUGGAUGCACUGGCUGCCUCUGGGAGUUCAACUUGUCCCU